CCCACCUUUUGCUGCUGAUGGAGAUCUACACUCACCACAAACAUUCCAGAUCAUGAGAUCCACACUUGCGUGUCAUUGGUGUCGGAGUGCGAAGGUCAAAUGCCACCACAACGGCUCCCCACCCUGUCGAGCUUGCACACUGCAUCGCGGACGCGAAUGUAUUCUAACAAAACCCAAGCAUGCAUCAAAUCGGGUGCGCGUCUCUGCCCGUCCCCGGAAGGACAGCGGUGCUCGUAUUCCUGAUAACCUGGGAUUCGAUCCGUCUCGGGCAGACCUCUUGUCGGAUACUCAAGAGGCUUCCCGGCGUCACCUCAGCCAACGCCAUCCUCCCUCUCUUCUCGACUCCCAGCAGUAUCGUAUGCCGGAGGACAGCGCGCCCGAGUCGCAUUGCAACGAAGCAUCGAGGGGCCAAACUCCUUUGACUGGGUUGAGCAAAGAAAUCGUCGAGCGUGCGUUCCAUACUUUCAUCCGCCAGUUCCCGGAGUUCAACUUCUUUCACCAGCCCAGCUUUGUCCUUGACCUGGAUCAGCAUCGGAUACCUGAUCUGUUACUAUGUGCCAUCCUGGCUGUGACUGCUCGAUUUAUCCCGGAGGUGCUCAGACAGCAUGGCAGUGCAGCUAGAACCUCCAGAACCUUCGCUGACUACGUCCGGCAGCAUAUCAUGCAAUACAGUGCGCAAACUAUGGAUCUUUAUUCAUGCCAGGCACUGGUCAUGCUAUGUCUCUAUGACUGGGGCGAGGGCGAGGGCUCCCGUGCGUGGAUCUACAACGGGAUGGCUUCUCGCAUUGCGCAUGGAGUCCAUGCGGCGAACCAAACUUCCUCGGAAAAGGAUGUUUCAGCGGCGCAGAAAUUUCGCCUGGAGGAAGCGCGUCGAACCGUUUGGGCCUGCUACUUGGUGGAUGCUAUGAUCGGGUGUGGAAAGUGUCAUGCUUCCAGCCAUUCGAUGAGUGUCAGUGAAAUCCCUUUACCGUUGGGGGAAGAUGACUUCGCAUUUGAGGGCAGGCCAGUGGUCACACGUGAGCUACUUCUGGAUAUAUGGGACCCCGAAGAGGAGGACUAUCGCUUCCAGGCAUUCUCUAUAGACCGGUUGGGGUGCGACAGUUUCCUACUUCUGAUAAUUCAAGGCUUCUCUAUAUGGCACAGAAUCUCGGCCUGGGUGUCGGCGGGUGGCCGCAAGCGCGACUCGCUUGCUUCCAAGGAACCGCCAUGGAAGAGCGACUCUUUCGCCGCGCGCAGCUUAGCCGCUUUAAAUGACUGGCGUGGGUCACAGCAUCCGCAAUUGGUGUACUCGGGCGCCGGGGUGAACUUUCGUGUGUACAUAUCCCGUGGGGAGGGGGAGCGCUUCGCCAUCCUGAACCUCAUCUACUAUCUAAGUGUCAUCUUUCUGCAUCGGGAAUAUCUUUCGUUUGCGCUGCCGAUCAUCAACCGCGCGGCCACGGACCCUGGCAGCCCGGCACUGCUCUCAGAGGACGCCCCAGACGGAUGGUGGGAAAGAUGCUACCAGACCACGUCUGCCGCUGCGGCAAAUAUUAUCAUGAUCUUGCAGGAGCUCGAGCAGCGUGGUAUCGAAUUUCAAACCCCCUUCACCUGCUUCUGUGUCUUUAGCGCCGCGAUCUGGAUACUCUGCACGACGCAGGACGCGACCCAAGGGACACGCAUCGAGAAGGCGCCGGACGGGAAGUCUUUGUCCGACCAGCUGGUCUGGGCCUAUGGCUGGCUCGGUCGUGCCUGCAAGGUCUGGGGCCUAGCCACGGGCUGGUAUCGGACUUUGCUGACGCUGUGUCAACUCUACCGCCAGCUCAGCCUGGACCUGGGGUACGAGAUGUGCCCUCCGGAUGAGGUCGUGCUCUCCCUGGAAGAGAACAUGCAGCGUCUCGCGGGCCUGGAGACAAUGGAACGGGAGGGGGAUAUUCCGACUGCCAAUAUUCUCCUAUUGCUGCAGCGACAGCAAAGGGAACAUUCUCAGAGACCUAGCGGACCACGCUCGACCACAUAUACGAACAAGCCCCGUUCGGCCGCCACCGCGCGAGAGGCGCAGGAUAAUCUUACUGACCCAAUCAUGUCGGUGGACCCCAUGUCGGAUGCGGAAGUGCAGAUGGCGCCUCUGCUGACGUCUCCUUUCCUUCUCGACCAGGACCUUUUCAGCAGUGUUCUCCACGAUACGUCCGGAAACUGGUUUCAGUCAUUCGUCAAUAACCCCCAAUUUCCCGGGGGUUGA